GCCAAAACCUGUAAGCCUAAACCCAACUCAUCUCUUAUCAGUAUUUGUACAAGCCUCAAAUAGCAAUGAUGACAAACACAACGUACCAGACUGGUAAGAAUGAUGGAACCUUUGUGGGAGUGAAUAGCGGUACCAUCACGAUUUCCUCAGGGCAACCGGUCUCAUUCGAUCAAGGCUUGUUGCGUGAUCUGCGAAGAGCACUUUUUGUCACGGAUCCCGAAGAAGAUAGAGCUGCGCUCAAACUAAGGAAAGGUGAUCGGGCACAGGGCACCUGCGAUUGGAUGCUAGAAACGGAUGAAAUUCGGGAAUGGUUAGAUGAAGAAAAUGACGGAGGAUCCAAUAUCAUGUGGCUGUAUGGGAAUCCCGGGACGGGAAAAUCCACAAUGGCCAUCACACUUACCGAUGAAAUUGCGAAGCAAGAGCCGUUUCUUGACGGUAGUAAAACGCUGACAUAUUUCUUCUGUGACUCCGCCGAUGAGAGGCGAAGAACGGUGACUGCACUCUUACGGGGACUGCUCUACCAGUUUCAAAGACAGCACUCGCACUUUCUCAACCACUUCCAAGACAGGUUUUUGGAGCGUGGAAAAGAUUUGUUUGAUUCCUUUGAGGCGUUGUGGUCCAUUUUCAUACGCAUAAUCAAUGACGAAUCGAUUGGCCACAAAUACUGCGUCAUUGACGCUUUGGAUGAAUGUGAGAACAGUUCGCAACUUCUUACGCAGCUUGACCAAUACUACCGCAACCUUCCGAAGCAACACGAGAACAGACUACAUAUACUCAUUACCAGUCGACCAUAUCCUGAAAUCUGUGAAUAUCUUCAAUCUUUCCGACACAAGGAUCUCGGGCAAUAUCAUCAGAGGAAGCAAGACAUCAAACAAAUGAUCACCGAGAAAGUGCAGGAUCUGAAGCGGAGAAAGAACUACACCGCACGCAUUGAGCGAGAAGUCACCCAAAUUCUCCUUGACAAGGCAGAAGGGACGUUUCUGUGGAUUGGAAUCGCCUGCCAAGAACUGUCAAGUGUCCGCGUGAGAGACGCGGUCCAGACCCUCCAAAGACUACCUCGGGGGCUUGAUUCUCUAUAUCGGGAACUACUUGAUAAUGCUAUUCAGCAGGGAGAGAUCGAGAAGACAAAGAUUAUUGAGAUUCUUCAAUUUGUUGCUGUAGCUAAAAUUACAAUGACCGUAUCCCAGUUGUCACGAGCGUGUCGGUCUUACGAGGACGACGACGACGAAGAAAGAAUCGCCUUCUUUAAAGACGACAUCCGGAUGUGUCGAUUAAUGGUAAUCAUUGAAGGCAAUUUUGUCCGGCUAUUACACAAGUCGGUCGAGGACUUUCUACUUGGAGUGGACAAUGAUGACGUUACACAACGCCUCAAGGCUCAUGCAGCUCUUUCUUAUCGCUGCAUCAGCUACAUAGUCAAUUGGGAUUUGAACAAUCGAUCCACUGACCAAGAUUUCCUUCAGUACUCUACUCAUUUUUGGACAACACAUGCCCAUCUAGCCAAGAAAGAAUUCUCUAUCCUGGAACAACACAGAGCUUUCUACGACUUUGCAGCGAGCCAUUGGAUUAAGUGGUGGAGCAUCUUCACAGAAGGUACCUCGACAAUAUGUACUUCCAGCUUCACUCUCUUUCAUGCUGCGGCGAAUUGGGAUAUUGAGGCCCUGGCCGAGCUUGGACUGGAAAUGCUUGUCGACAACAAAAUGGGGCCUCGUUCAGUCAAGUAUGAUGAUCGCGAAUUUAAGUACUUGUCGCAUAAGGGCACGCCUUUGAGGAUCGCAGCGUCGCAAGGACAUACUAACAUCAUCCAAAUGCUGUUGAACAGCGCUGAUAUGACGCUGGAGAUAAAUGCUGAAAUUAUACACGCAGCAACAAAGAAUACUACCCGCGGAUCUGAGAUCCUACAGCUUUUCCUAGACUUCACAAAAGGCAAUCUUCUAAUGACGGAAAGCAUUUUGGAACUUGCAGCACGAAAUACAGGAUGUGGAUUCGAGAUUCUCCAGAUCAUUUUCAGUCAUUACGGAGACAGCAUCCGCCCUCAAAUAUCGGAAAAUGUAAUGAAGCACGCUAUGGCGAAUCAGGAAAAUGGGAGCAAGCUGGUGGGCUUGAUUGCAGGGAGAUUUCCCGGCAUAAUGAACACCUUGGCAACCCAUGAAGCCUUCAAGUUCGCAAUUUCGAACGAUCGAGACAACAUCAAGCUCGUUGACUUAUUAUUUACUCAUGCAAGUGAGGUAAUCAUAUCGGAGCAGAUUGUCGAGACUGCGAUACCCAGUAGAAAGAACACCAGGGAAAUAACGCUUCAGCUUUUUUCGCGUGCAGACCGAGCCAGUGUUUUGACAGAGAGAAUUAUAUUGAAUGCUGCAUCCCACAGCACCCAGCUAUGCCAGGAUCUAAUCAGGAUGACUCUAGAAACCGCCGCACAGUCUCGGUUCUCAGCAGGAUUAAAGCAUCUCAUUGUUAGUUGGUGCGACGUGACAUCGAUGAACCUCUUUCUGCAUGUGAUGGACAGUCAAAGUUUCAUCAAUCAGAACAUGAUAGCUGGAGUAAAGGAUGAAGAUGCCAGGGAGAUUCUGAGAACCCGAAUGAAACUUCAAUGCCUUCCAACCGCAGCGAGCACUCCGACAGCCGAAAGUCACAUUGAUUCGCACUCACACCGCCUUUCUAUCAGGCAGAUCAACGUUAUAGAAGAUCAUACUGAUGAGGUAUGGACGUCUGCGUUCUCGCCCAAUGGAGACAGACUUGCCUCCGGUGGUAGGGACAACAUAAUCCGAGUGUAUGACUGCAUGAAAUUUGUGUCCGUAGCUCAAUUAAUAGGUCAUAAAGAACCUGUUACAUGUCUAGCAUGGAGUCCCAAAGGUGCAGAAUUGAUCAGUGGUUCCUUCAACGGAAGCAUUCGAAUAUGGAAUGCAGAGACAUAUGCGUGUCUAAUCGUGUUGAACAAUCACAAGUCAAUAAUCUCAGCGAUCUCGUGGGUACCUGACGGUCAAACCUUCAUUAGCUCGUCAUAUAGUGAGUGUUUUUGCCAUUGGACUAAGGCUGGAGAACUUCUGCACACUGUGAAGACAAGAUUUAGUGCCAGAUAUGCAUGCAUCGCGCCAGAUGGCACUCAGUUGAUAAUGGCUUCUUCGCACCAUCAGCUUGAGUUCUACUGCCUGAAGACCUACUCACGCAUUAUUUCGCAUCCCUUGGAGGCAAAUGCAUCUUCCAUUGCCGUUGAGCAUGAUACAGGUCUGGCCCUUUUGGACUUGGGGUCUGGUGAAAUGCAAGUCAUCGACCUCAGCAACGGAGUCAUUGCUCAACGGUAUCAGUGUGCUCGAUCGAAGGGUAUAUUUCUAACCAGAGGCACCUUCUUCGCCCCUCAUAAUUCCCUCAUCCUUGGAUGCCGUGAAAACAGCAAAAUCUGUGUUUGGGACCGACAUACUGGGUUGCUUGUGGAUGUACUAGAUCAUCACAAGCAUGGCUGUGUGAACUCCGUCUCAGUGAAUCCGGCCAACCCAAAUAUGUUCAUAUCUACUGGUGAUGAUCAUACGGUGAGAGUGUGGGAGAUGGGACCAAGAGCCAUAUAAUCUAUCAUAACAUGCUUCUUUUGUCACUCCAUUGCAAGCUCCAGCCCAUUGAGGCCUCAGGCAACGAAGGGUAUCCAAUACAAACUCACACUUGCCCUCUGUUUCUGUUUUUAACUAUUCUUUACUCUCUCCUGGUAUUCUGCCGCUGCGGUAUAUGCCCCAAUGAUUCGAUUAUCGCCGAAGC